AUGAGUGAAAAGUGUCAGCAAGUUUUCAAGAAAGACCUAUGUUUUUACGAAUGUUCUCCAAAUUUAGGCCCCUGGUUAGUGAAAGUUAAUAGAAAAAUUAGCAGUGAGAGAAUGUUUAACGUCCCUCUGUGUCAAUCUGAAUGUAAUUACUGGUGGGAUUCUUGCAAGAGUGAUCGUACAUGUGUAACAAACUGGCAUAUUCAUUUUAACUGGUCAACAGGAACUAACACCUGUCCGACAAAUAGUUCAUGUGAUACAAUCCAGUCAAUAUUUGGUAAUGCUAAAACGUUUUGUGAAUCAAUAUGGGAUGAUGGAUGGAAGGUAGUACCAGAUGAUACAGUUCCUAGUUGUAUGAUAUUCAAUGAAAGAAAAGAAAUUUCUGUUGUUGAGCAUAACAGACUUGUCACACAAAAAAGAGCAAUAGAAAUAAUUGAUUUAUUAAACGGUACUCUACGAUGUACAGUGAUGAAAAAAAUAAUACUUCUCCUCUUAUUCUUAGUUAUGGCUAGAAAGCUAUAG